AUGCCAGAUAGCGACUUGACUUCAGUGGUUCCCGCCCAGCUCUCAUGCCUUGCGAUAUACAACCCCCUCCUCGGACCGACAGACGAAACUAUCGGUGAUCAGGUUGUUUUCUAUACGUCCAGAACAGAGCGAUCACGACGAAAUGAACGAUCAGCAGGUGGUAACGACGAUACAAAGUUUACUGAGGCGCAAAAUGAGAGAUUGCGCCAGAUAGGACUGGCGCAGGGAAUGGUCAGCUUCGCCAGGAAUUUCUCUGAGGGUAAACCGGUCGAUUAUGUGGAGACAGAAAAAUCGACCGUCAUACUACAUGAGUUGGAGGAAAAUUGGUGGAUACUAGCAUCAAUAGAUCUCACUAGGCUUCCCAAUGAAUCAGCAAGUACCGCUGCCUCCCAGCAAGAUACGUCCGGUGCUUCUCCUGUCUAUUACUCCUCGAGAGAGAUCUGUCCGCCGCAACUCUUGAAACAACAGCUACGCCGGGCUCACUCCAUAUUCCUCCUUCAUCAUGAGCUUACGCUUCAGCGUCUGUACGACCGUGUUGGAAGGUCCUCGUUUUGCAUUUUUCUUGAGCGCUUUUGGAGCAAAUUUGCAUGGAGCUGGGACAUUCUCCUGACUGGGAACCCCACCGUUGAAUUAUAUAACGGCAUAAAGCUUUCUGCUGGCGGCGAGCUUGGCAUCGGAGUGGGCGAGGAAGAAUGGGGAAGUGGGGAGAGAGAGGUUCUUGAGGACUAUGUGCUCAGAACAGACGGCCUAGUGGAUCUAGUCGUCUCCCGGUUCGGCGAUCCUUCUUCCGCCGCGGAGAAUUUAGCAACGACAAAGAGGUCUGAGGAUCCUGCCGAUGCAGGCGAAGAUCAGGGAAGUUGGCUUGGUUUGGACGUCUACCCUCGUCCAUCAGAUGGUGUCACAUUCUCCGGAGUCGGUAACAUCUCGAGGUCUUCUCUGGUACAGGUCUCUCAGUGGAUGGAAUGGAUCUUUAGAUAUGGGUACGAUGCGUAUGGGGUGGAUGAAGACCCGACGUCACCGCGACGACGAAAACGCCGGAGGGGACAUCGUGGUCGAUCAGCUGCGAAAGCUCUCUCAGCUAGUACCGACAAAUCCCAAUUGACGACAAAGCGCAGCUUUGCCCCAGGGAUACCCCCUCCCCUCGUAGUAGGAACAUCGAAAGCCGCACAGGAGGCCGGACAAGGGACACCGCAAAGUAGCAGUGACAGCUCCCCAUCCAGGGGCGACAAGGGCAGCGAUUGGAUAGGUCUUGGAUCAGACACUCUGGUCAAAUAUCUCACAUUCGGAUACGGGUCGUCUUGGAGCUUUUCGUCCAGCACAACCAGCACACAUCCCCGCGUUGAGGCACUGAAGCGGGAAGAGACUGGGUCGGACGUGAGGAAAGAGCACCAGUCUUCUGACUAUGCCAAGGAAGCAUCUGAAGAAAGCGCACCGAGGCUUAGCAACGACACCAAACCCAAGGACCAGGCGAAUGGAAAAUUCAUUAUCGGUCUACGUGAUGUCUCUGACAUUGUGGACUACCAAUCUCCUGAAGAUAACGCCGGAAACGACUCAACAGCCAACUUGAUAGUCCAGCGGACUCUGCAUGUCCAACGAGCUGGUCGUUCAGGACAAAGCACAGCAGGCGAUACAGAAUCCGUUGAGCUGCGGGUAGUGGUUUAUGCCAAUCAACCUUUUAUAUACACCUUCCUUUUCGAGCCUCAAGCGCCGUCCUUGAACGAUGUUUCCCUCUACCAAAACAUUCAUCAACAACUCGCUCCCCUCCAGAGGCAACUGAUCAACUCCACAUCGCCUGCAAAUGCCGCAGAACGCAUUUUCAUGUCCGAGAAUACGCUCGACUUCAACAAACGCUUUUCAACCAAGAGCCUACCGGUCUACGAUCUCGUUUACGACCCCACAAAUCUGACCAUCCGUUCUUCUAUUCCGAACAUUCCGGACCUCGGAUACCCCUCUCUGGAGACCUCGUCAUGGUCCCGCGUCGAGAGUCUCAACAUUCACCAGCGCCUCCUGAGCACAUACGCCGAAACCAGGCUGCGGCCCCUCGAACUCGAGCGAACAUGCAAGACCAGUCGCGGCUGGUGGAUCGUUUGGGUACGAAUCACUGACGCACAACUCCCGGACCAUCAAGAUGAUCACGAUUCAAGUGUUAGCCAAGGCGAAGGUUUUUCUCCCCCUCCCGCACGGGAAGCAUUCCUGGUCCGCAAAGCAAGCGACCACGUCUCGGCAUCGGGGCAUGCUCGCGGUGGUAGCGGGACACGAUUCUUCAGAGAUCUUGGGGGUGCCUCAUCACCGGGACGGCAAGCCUCCCGCUCUGAGACGGGGCCGGGCAAACUUGUAGAGGGGCUGGGCCUUGAUGCGAGACGAUAUAUAGAGAAUCUACUAAGCCUGAACAGAUAA